ACGACCUAUAAGUGGUGCCUUAUCUAUUUGUCACGUUAUAUUAUUAUAUUAUAUAGAUACUCUACUAGUUUAGUUACUGGGCCACAAUGAAACAAAUUAUUGUUUGUAUAUUUGGAAUUUUUAUAAGUUUUUCAAAUGCAGAUUAUGGACAUUCAGGUUGCGGUGGAGCAGGUGUAUUAACCCGUCAGACUGGAACAUUUACCACCCAACAUUAUAAUGGACAUAGCCAAUAUAGACCAAACUCUCAAUGUACGUGGAAGAUACAUGCUUCAGCAGGAAAAGUGGUCAGACUCAGUGCCACAGCAUUCCACAUAGAAGAUGACGUGAAUUGUGACUACGAUUUUGUUGCUGUUUACGACGGGUCUAGUAAAAGUUCCAAAUUAAUAGGAAAGUUCUGCGGCCGGGAUGAAGUAGAGCUGGUGUCAUCAGGAAGGUAUCUGUUUGUGGAAUUCGUAUCAGACGACAGUACACAGUUCAACGGGUUCAGAAUGAGAUACAAUUUCCAACAAGCUUCCGCUGGUUGCGGCAAACAUCUUUAUAAAUGCGACACUCAGUUGUGUAUAGCCCGAGACUUCCUGUGUGAUUCUGAAGAUGACUGUGGCGACACCUCGGACGAGCGACCAAAGAUGUGCCAAUCACAGAAGUCUUCUUCCUGUUUGACUGUUGAAUUUUUGUGUGGAGAUGGAGGAUGCGUUAACAAAACCUGGGUGUGUGAUGGAACGGAUGACUGUGUAGACGGAACAGACGAACUUCAUUGUAAAUCUCAACAUGGAACAUCUGGUUGUGGAAAUCCAGGAUGGCAGAACGGAACAUCUGGGACAUUCACAAGCGCAAAUUAUACAGGCAGCAAUUUAACUGAAUAUAAUAACGACACAGAUUGUCACUGGGAUAUAAAUGUUCCACAAGACAAGUAUAUAUUAAUUACCUUUUCUGGAGACUUCGACAUAGAGGAUGGUUUUGGUGCAUGUGAAUAUGACAGGCUUACAAUAUAUAACGGAAAGACUCACGAAUUUAUAGGCGAAUAUUGUGGAAACAAACGACCAGAACCGAUAUUUGUAAAUAGCAACCAUGCAAUAGUUAAAUUUUCAACAGAUGAAGCAGAAAGUUAUGAAGGUUUCCGACUGAAUUGGGAAGCCAUUGAUCCUGGAAGCGCACCAGCAAGGAUGAACCAUUCUUCAGGUCUCUCAAAGUGUGACAGAUGGAUCAAUUAUUCUGGGAAAGGAAUAAUAGCAUCUCCUGCAGACAAAGAUGGUCAAUAUCCAGAUAGCACUAGAUGUGUAUGGCGAAUAUUUGGUCCAGUAGGAACGGUUUUUAAGAUUCAUUUCAACACGUUUAGUACCGAAUUGAGCCACGAGUGUAAAUAUGAUGGCGUUCAGAUAUACGACGGUCCUAGUGCAGGUGAUAAUGAAGUGGCAACUGUUUGCGGAACUAAACAUCCUCAUGACGAAUACAGUAAAUCAAAUGAGGUUAUGAUAGUAUUCUAUUCGGAUAGAGUAUUGCAUAAUAAAGGCGUGCUGGCUACAUAUGAAACAGUGAAUGCAAGACCUAAAACUGAAGCCGAUUUACCAGCCUGCACUGAUGUGACACCGACGCUAUUAACUAAGACUACAGGAGUAAUACUGUCUGAUCAUUACGAUGGAGCAACGGAAUAUCCUUCAGACCUAAACUGUAGAUGGCACAUACAUGCACCUAGAGGGAAAGUCAUUACACUGUAUUUUGAUAAGUUUGAUUUGGAAGAUAACACUAAUUGCUUAGUUGAUUACUUUUCUGCUUACGAUGGGAAAAAUGUUCACGGAAAUUUACUGACAAAAGUAUGUGGAAUGAUAUACCCCGAGUCCGUCACAAGUAAAGAUCGAGAUAUGUUCAUCAGAUUUGUCUCUGACGGAGUGGUCGGUGGAUUUGGAUUCAAACUUCAUUAUAUUAUUCACGACCAUGUUAGAGAAUGCACGCCGUCACAAUUCCGUUGUGGAAACAUUAAGUGUAUCGAGUACACCUUAGUAUGUAAUGGGAAAGACGAUUGUGGAGAUAGGACGGAUGAACAAGUUUGUCCAAAUAGUAACACUUGUGGCACACCAACAUUCAAGCCUGCAGAAACGAAUUCAAGAGUAGUUGGUGGUCGAGAAGCAAUACCUAAUAGCUGGCCUUGGCAAGUAUCACUUCGUUACAAUGGAGGUCACACGUGUGGUGGUUCAGUUAUUCAUCCACAGUGGAUCUUAACUGCUUCUCACUGCUUUGAAACAGACAGGUUCGAAGAUUUAUGGACAGUAUAUGCAGGAAAACAUCAUGAAAACAAAACGGAUCCUCAUGAACAAGUUCGGAAUAUAUCUAAAAUAUUGAUACAUGACCAAUAUGACAUGGAUGAAAUUGAUACUGAUGUCACUCUUCUUAAACUUGAUGCGCCUCUACAAUUCAAUGACUAUAUAAAACCAGUUUGUUUACCACAACACGACGCUCCCGAUGGUCAAAUGUGUAUAGUAACAGGAUGGGGUGAAGUUCAAGAAACAUGUUGUGAAGGUUUACUAAAACAGGCAACUUUACCAGUAUAUAACCACCAAAAAUGUAACGAAUCUAAUGACGGGGAAGUUACAGAUAAUAUGAUAUGUGCUGGAUUUGAGCAAGGUGGUCAUGAUUCAUGUCAAGGUGAUAGUGGAGGCCCGUUUGUUUGUAAGACAUCAAAUCAGUGGUACCAGCAAGGAGUUGUUUCGUGGGGUAAUGGUUGUGCAAAGGCACAUAAACCUGGAACUUAUUCAAAUGUUAUGAACUUUGUCAAGUGGAUUCAACAGAAAAUUGCAGCGCAUACACCAUAGUAUCUCUUCAUUGUAAAUACAAAUAAUAAAGUGUCUACAAGCUGACACAUUAAAAUAGGAA